CAUCUAAUACAUACGCGAUGAUAAUAUAAGACGAUAUAUAUAUAUAUAGAAUAAAAUUUGGGAUAAUGAAGGCUGCAUUGUGCAGCAAUAUAUAUAUUUUCAAGAUUCUAAUUCUCCAUCCAUGCAACAUUAUUGAGGCUAAGCAUCUUUUAUCCACCAUUUUAGCUUCAUAUUUCCUUCAAUUAUUGCUCUAUUUAUUCUUUUUUUUUUUUUUCCUUUUCCUAGUUGCAUCAACCACUAAUAGCUAAAAUCCCUUCAUUUAAAUAUAUAACGUUCACCUUCUCCGAUUUCUUCCAUCUCAAUAUUCACACGCUCGGGUUUUUUUUAACGACGAUAUAAUUAACUUCAUUGGAGAAUGAAUGGCAAAAAGGGUAGUGUCGAAAUCAACAUCCCUCCCAUUGCCAAAGCCAAACAAUCGGAAACUACUAAAAAAUGCGAAGAAAAAUUUGGCACCUCUUUUAUAAGUAGCAUUCUUAAUGUGUGGGAAUUUUGCAAAGAAGACACUAAUCGAGUAAUAUUCUCUCUCAAAGUUGGGCUCGCGGUUCUUCUCGUUUCUCUAUUGAUACUAUGCCAAUCGCCUUAUAGAGUUUUCGGCACUAACAUUAUCUGGUCAAUCCUCACCGUUGCCAUCAUGUUUGAAUAUACCGUCGGGGCCACAUUUAACCGAGGAUUCAACAGAGCACUCGGCAGCCUUCUAGCCGGAAUAAUUGCUAUCUCAAUUGCCGAAUUAGCCCUCAAAACGGGGCGAAUUGCGGAGCCUAUCAUAAUCGGUUUCAGCAUCUUUAUCGUAGGGGCAAUAACGUCAUUUAUGAAGCUAUGGCCAUCUUUGGUUCCGUACGAGUACGGAUUCCGAGUCAUACUUUUCACAUACUGUUUGAUCAUCGUCUCUGGAUAUCGUAUGGGAAACCCGAUUCGAACAGCCAUGGAUCGGUUGUACUCUAUCGCCAUUGGAGCAAUUGUAGCUGUGGUAGUGAAUGUACUAAUUUGCCCUAUAUGGGCUGGUGAGCAGUUGCACAAGGAACUUGUUAACAACUUUUCUUCUGUAGCUGAUGCACUUGAAGAAUGUGUGGGGAAGUACUUAGUAGAUGAUGGAUCGGAACAUUCCGAGUUCACAAAGACUGUUAUGGACGACUUUCCCGAAGAACCCGCUUACCGAAAAUGCCGGUCGACCCUAAAUUCUUCGGCUAAACUUGAAUCAUUGGCGAAUUCGGCUAAAUGGGAGCCGCCACAUGGCAGAUUUCGGCACUUCUUUUAUCCAUGGACAGAAUAUGUCAAAGUAGGUGCUGUCCUAAGAUAUUGUACAUAUGAGGUUAUGGCACUUCAUGGUGUAUUACACUCAGAAAUUCAGGCACCAUACAACCUCCGAAUCGCGUUCCGCAACGAGAUCCGCGAAGUAUCGACGGACGCUGCAGAGGCAAUCCGUCGUCUAGGAAAAGACAUACGCAACAUGCAAAGAACCCUCAAAAUCUCUGUCCUCAAAAAGGUUCACACCUCAACUGAAAAACUCCAACGGGCAAUGGACAUGUACUCCUACCUACUCACCUCGUCCGCCAAUCACGAGCCGCCACAUAAGCAACCACUCUCCCACGCACUGUCUUCCGACCUCGAUAAGAAACUUCCAGAACAAAACCACGACCCUCCGUUAUUGUUACAAGAAGAAUAUUCCUACCACGAGACAAUGAGGAAGCAGUCGAAGAGGCUGUAUUCGUGGCCUUCGAGAGAAGUGGACGCUUUUGAAGAAGGGGGUUUAGGGUUUAGUUCUACAGAUUGUAUGCCUAGGAUGAAGACAUUGGAGACUACCGCUACGCUAUCGGUUGCGACUUUUACUUCGUUGCUCGUUGAGUUUGUGGCUCGGCUCGAUCACUUGGUUGAAGCUGUUGAUGAACUCUCAAAGAUGGCUAAAUUUAAACAGGAAGAUGUCUAGAAAUCUAGAUUUAGGAAAAUUAUAUAUAUAUAUA